CGCGGCGGGCCGCGGCCCCGGUGACGCCCGGAGGGGGCAGCGCCGCCCUUCCUUCCCCCCCGGGCUGGGGCGGAGGGCGCGGGCGGGCGGGGCGGCGCGCACGCCCAGCCCCACGGGCCUCGCCAGCGCCUCGCGGGACAGCCCCGGGAGGCUUCGCAGAGCGCGAGCGGCGCCGGCGUCAUGUGACUGCCCGGAGUUAGUGCCAAGGAGCCAGAGGGGAGCCAGGAGCCGCGCCGGGGCCCCGCGGAGCCGGAGCGCCAGGGAGCGCCCGCCCGAGCCGCCGCCGCCGGAGCCGCCGCCGCUGCCGCUGACACCGCGGCCUGCAGCGCCCAGCCCGCGCCCCCAAAGCGCAAACCCAGAACACCCUAGAAAAGCUCAACUAAAAGAAUGCUCAUGUUUGACCCGGUGCCCGUCAAGCAAGAGGCCAUGGACCCCGUCACGGUGUCCUAUCCAUCAAAUUACAUGGAGUCCAUGAAGCCCAACAAGUAUGGGGUCAUUUACUCCACCCCGCUGUCCGACAAGUUCUUCCAAACGCCAGAGGGCCUGGCGCACGGCAUGCAGCUGGAGCCGGUGGACCUGACAGUGAACAAGCGGAGCUCGCCCCCGUCAACCGGCAGCUCACCGUCUUCGCUCAAGUUCCAGACGUCCCACCGGAGAGCCUCGCCGGGACUGAGCAUGCCCUCCUCCAGCCCCCCCAUGAAAAAGUACUCGCCCCCACCCCCCGGAGUGCAACCCUUUGGGGUGCCGCUGUCCAUGCCUCCGGUGAUGGCCGCGGCACUCUCGCGGCAUGGAAUCCGGAGCCCGGGGAUCCUGCCGGUCAUCCAGCCGGUGGUGGUCCAGCCUGUCCCCUUCAUGUACACCAGCCACCUCCAGCAGCCGCUCAUGGUCUCCUUGUCGGAGGAGAUGGAGAAUUCCAACAGCAGCAUGCAAGUACCUGUCAUUGAAUCAUAUGAGAAGCCCAUAUUACAGAAAAAAAUUAAAAUAGAACCUGGACUCGAACCACAGAGGACAGACUACUAUCCUGAAGAUAUGUCACCCCCUCUAAUGGAUUCAGUUUCACCUCCACGAGCGUUGUUGCAAGAGAAUCAUCCUUCGGUCAUUGUGCAGCCCGGGAAGAGACCGCUACCUGUGGAAUCGCCCGACACGCAAAGGAAGCGGAGGAUACACCGAUGCGACUAUGAGGGAUGCAACAAAGUGUACACGAAAAGUUCUCACUUGAAAGCACACAGAAGGACACACACAGGAGAAAAACCGUACAAGUGUACAUGGGAAGGUUGCACGUGGAAGUUUGCUCGGUCCGAUGAACUGACAAGACAUUUCCGGAAACACACUGGUAUCAAACCUUUCCAGUGUCCAGACUGUGACCGUAGCUUCUCUCGCUCAGACCACCUUGCCCUGCACAGGAAGCGCCACAUGCUGGUGUGAAGACCCCCCUCGUCGUCUCCCGCGCCCACCUUCUCGGGGCUGCCACGUGCCCGGCUCCCUCACUGUCUUCCUUCCCAUUCUCGAACGCAUUUUUUACAUGUACAUUUUCCUUUGAUUCAGCUGGCCUGAAUCUCUGAAUUUCUAUCAUCAAACCUCCACAUGGUCAGUAGUAGAGCUUUUCUCGUCCUCCCUCUCCUUACCACGGGUCAGACCUAAAGAAUGUGAACACUUUUUUUUUUUCUUUUUUUCCGGGGAUGCUAAGCAAACCCUUCUUAGAGAUACAUUUAAUGUAAUGAGAACAAGGGAACAUGUCAGCUCACAUUAUCUAUUGUCAGUUUCUCCGUGUAUUCCUUGAAAUAACAUCAAAAAGUAAAUGUAUUAGAAAUACAGUAUCCAGCCUGCUAGUCCUUGCCAGAGACACACAUACCUCCAAGCCCUGGGAUCAUGUUUUGUGCUCGCGACAGUUAGAAGUGGGGCCACCCCUUUCCCAGCCUUGCUUUGUGACCUUUGUGUCCAUCAAUUUUAGGGACAGAGGCUGUCCCUGGAGGAAGAGCAAAGGGGGCUUUGAGCAGAGGAGGAAUCAGCCUCUGUUCCUAUUGGUCCCAGGCCUGGGUUUUUGUGGGAGCAUCGUUGGGACUGUGUGGUGCAUUCCCUGGGCUUUUGUGUCUGCAUGGUCAGCUUUGCAGAAUGUCACGGCCAAGCCAAAUCCACGCACCUGUUCCCAUUCCUAGGGUAACCUUCACGUGGACGGUCAAGUAUUGAUAGUAGGGAUGUCACAAAAAUACCCACCCAGUAAUAGUUAAAAAGAAAGAAAAAUCUUUGGGGUGACAAUAUGGAUGGCCUUUUUUUUUGACCUAAACUACUUAUAUACAGGGUUUUGUUUUUUUGUUUUGUUCUUUGGCAAACCGAAGCUCUGGUUGUUGUAUUCUGUCAUAUCGAUGACACAGCUUUUAGACAAACACUCGUCCCCAUGAGCUCCAAGGUUCCAAAUUGGCUCUCAUCCGUGUUCAUGCACACACAUGACCACCUUCCCAUGCUUUAGUCAAUGCGUCCAAUGGAAGGCCCAAGUGACACUGUCUGUAAAUAUAGCUAGUUGUUGAAGCACACCAACUUUUAUUGGGGGUGGGGGGGGACCGAUUUCCAAAAAAUAGAGGAAAAACAUAAUUCAGGGAUUCCUAACGUAGCUCAAAAUGCCCCAUUUGCUAUUGGAGCUUGUCAUCUCCUCACUAUCAAGUUUCCUGUCUGAAGAACAAACUGAAAAUGACUCCUGUUCAGGUUGAAAAUAGAGAGCACCGUUAUUGGGAGGAAGUUUUUCAAAAGCAGGCUUUUGAGCACCAUAGUCUAAAUGCCCGUGAGAUAUACUCCACACGCCUAAAAGCCAUUGGUGUCAGAUUUGAAGAAAGUGGGCCACGGUGGUCAAACAUGGGUCCAUAGAACCAAACGCGCCUUCAUCAUCCCUCGAUAAAAGAUGGAGAAAGGAGAGUGGAAUCCUGAAGAUUCAUCCCAGCUGCAAAUCAGGAUCCCACCCAGUCUUACCUGGGAGGAAUACAUUGCUUUAUUGUUUAUAAAAACACCGGUGCAUGAGUUACUUGGGAGGCCUGCAAAUCGUGUGGGGAGCUGACUUGGAUGGCGCCAUGCUCAUAAAAGGAAUUGUUGGGACUUCACCUGUGACCAGCCCUCUGAACCAACAGAGGGAAGGUAGCUGAGACAUGCAAAGUGAUGUGUUACCUUGGCACUUGGUUUGGUUUGAUUUGUAAGCACUGCAAAAUUUGUAUAGAAGAUUAAAACAUACUAAUUGGGCUUUAUUUUUUCUUCAUCUUUUGCAACUAGAACAUGACUUGAGGGAUAAAAAUGGCUCUUGGAAAAGUGGGUACUGGUCUGUCUUAUAAAUGUUUAGUCACAUUCCUGCCAGGGCAUUUAUUUCUUGAAAUAGUCCUUCCAUAACACACUGAAGAAUUCAGUUGGAAAGCAAGGAAUGUUUGUGUUGAUAGAGCUUAACCCGUUUAUGUGUUUCCAACCCAGAGAAAAGGUGAAAAAGGUGGGGGAGAGGGAGGGGACAAGAAAGGGUAGAGUUGAUCUUUAAAUAGUUAGCUUGGAGUUUUGAGUCCAAUUAAUAGAAAACUCAAUGGGUUUCUCAUGAAAUUUGAUGUGUCUGCUAUGGCAUAUGAAAUUUUUGUUCAAAGGAGGAAGCAGAUUCCUGCAGAGGCUGUAUCAUGUGGCUUAGAUGACAUUGCUUAGAUUCUGUUAGAAGUUCAUUAACAAAGAUCCAUUAUAACUCUGAAAGGAAAUCUGCAGAGGCCAUUCUCUAUUCUCAUGCUGGUUUGUGUACUUUAGUUACCAAUUGGCUCUUAUCCAAAUGUCUUUAUACAUAUAAAUAUAUAUAUAUAUUUGUAUUUACUAUGAUAGUUGAGAAAUUUAGUCUCUUAGUCCUUUUUAGCUGUUAAUGUGGAAGACCUCAAAUACAAGAUGCCCUUAAAAUGUGUGGUUUUAAUGAUGUGCCAUGUUACUAUCAAUGGUGAUUUUUCUCAUUGCAAUAUUUUGAAUCGAUAAGAAUGUUUUAUACACAUGAAGUUAUAGUGUUGUACAAAUUCUGUUUAAGAGAAUUUCUUCUAUGGUGAUCCAGGUGUCAUCUUGGGAAAGAAGUCAGAAAAAUUAAAUCUGAAAUCCAUCCUGUCUUAGAGUUCUAAAUGUGAAUCUCUACCAUAAAUGGGCAUUAACAUUCUAAAUCACUUCGUUUUGAGAAUGUCUUAGCAGCAUAGUGAUGUUCAACUAAGGAAAUGCUAAAUACUCAGAUGUUUCGAGGACCUUGGAACAGAUUUACAGGGGAACUAUCUAUGUAUGUAUAUUCUAUUUUAUUAAGCGCCCGUCUGCACUAUCAGUGUUGCACUAAUGUGGAAUUUGAAAGACCAUAUUGCAGAUCCUGUAUACCUGCACAUUCUGCCUGGCUAGAUUGUUUUAACGACAGUCUCAGAGAUCUAAGGUUUUAAAUCAUCUGCUUUGGAAAUACAGUCUUGAAGGAACUGCUGUCAUACAUGAAAUGGCUCAGAGUUGUCUUUAUUCUCUUCUUGGUCAAGGUUAACAAUUUCUAAAUGAUUGCAAAUUCACUUAAGAAAUAAUACAUUUACAAAGCCAUUUUUACAUGCAUUAAAUGAGGGCUACAACAAUAUUGUUUUACAAAUACUAGCACUUUUUUUUUUGUUUUUUGCUGUUAUGUACUUAGUCUUAGAGGGUCAAAAUAAUCUUUCUGCUUAGCAUCUCUUAAACCAUGCCUGCAAGUAUAGCAGGAUUAUUACAUUUACAGUACUUUAAUACUUGUAUAAACUAUGCAGAAAUUUUUAAUAAAGUGUAAUAUAUUUUAUAAGCUAAUAAGACUGAAUGGGUAAAGGUUUUUAGCAUGCAUUAGUAUACUUGCAAAUACUGAAACAUUUUGGUAAUCUUUCUUACUAAAGAUGUGAAUGUUUAACGUACCUUCUCUGUUUCUACUCUGUAGUCCAAUGGGAAUUCAGUAAUGACAUUUUGUCAUGUCAAACUGUGAACAUAAAUUUGUACUGUACAGUCCUCAUAUACUAUAUACAGUAUGCAAUAUAUGUAUUAUAUACUUGUUAAUAAAACCAUCAGAAUAUUAAGUGUGA